AAAAAUCUCCUUAUCGCGUCAGCAAUCAUGUGAUGAUAUAGCUUGUAUUCAUUGGCUUGUUCUUUUUUAACGGAUUGAUCGGAGAAUUGAUAAGAAAGAAUGGAAAAAUUAACUUAAUUUUCAUAGAAAGAAGCAAUGGAUCUAAUUCUGGUGCUAAAAAAGAUAUUAUUUUUAGUGAAUUUCAAUUUAAUUUGCAAAAGAGUCCACGGGAAUAUUUCUAGCCAGACAUCGUGUGCAGGAAUUUUACCGGCAGACCUUCUGGAAGAGAGUAUACCAAAAUACGGGUUUCUACCAAAUGGAGUCAGCGUGCUGUACGAUACUAACAGCCACGCGCAUGCGUAUAAAUUCUCAAGAAACAAUAUAGACUUACAGUUUCCUGUCUCCAAAGUCUUUAAAAACUGUUUGUAUUUUCCUGACGAGUUUUCGAUAUUCUUUGUGAUAAAACAUGAACCUUUGUAUGAUAAAAAGGAAUGUAUAUUACAUAUAGGACAAGACAAUACUACUUUAGUGUCAAUACAACUCUCUAGGAAAUAUAUAGUAUUGACUUACAAUAACAGAAAAGUGCAAUAUAGAAAUUUCGCUUUGAAGGACAAGAAAUGGCAUUCUGUCGGAUUCAGUGUGUCUGCUAGUGAUAUUACUAUGACAACAGACUGCGUGAAUAAAAGAAGAAAGAGAUUAAAGAGAAAAUGGCAGUCAAAUCUACCACUGAAGAACGCCACCUUUCAAAUUGCAAGCUGUGCGCCUGCGCGGGGAGUAACGCUGGGACAUAUAAAAGAUCUUAUAUUCAUCCCCGGGGCUGAUGCAGCUGUCAGGGCAUGUCCCCCAAAGACGCCACAACAUCGUCACCUUGACAACCGCUUACCAGCUGUACCGGACGUGUAUCGCAUCGGAUCGCCGGGGCCGCGCUGGGACGACUGUACUUGGACGGACGUGGGGGACAUCGCGUAUGACCUUCACGCCAAGUCCCUCAAGGUCUGUGUCAACGGCAUCUGGCAGCACGUCACAGUCAACAUAGAAGCCCCAACCAAAGCCCCAGAACUACCCCGGAGACUGGAUUACAUAGAUUACUACCAGGACAUCCGGACCCCCGGACCCUCCAUUGACGUAGAACUGUUCACUAUUGACGGCGAGGGGACGUUCGCCGUGUUUGCGUCAAGCCGACCCAGGAAAUCUAAAAAGGAUAUAUCAAUUGUAUACAAAUGGAGGAAAAAGAAGUUUGUUUUUUACCAGAGACUGAACACGGACGCAGCGCAAUGCUGGAAGUUCUUUGCUAUUGAUAACAAUUUUUUCCUUGCAGUUGCCAAUUACGGAAAGGAUUCGAGAGUCCAAGGAAAUUCCACCAUAUUCAAAUGGCACAAGCGACGAAAAAGAUUCAAAGAAUUCCAAAUCAUACCCACUUGGACGGCACGUGACUUUGAGCAUUUUGUGAUGAAUGAUAAACAUUAUUUGGCUGUUGCUAACCAUGCAAAAGGUUCUAGCCAAAUGGUUGACUCAGGGAUAUAUAUUUGGAGUACGAAACUUCGGCGGUUUAAAUUAUUCCAAAACAUCAUGACAACUGGAGCAUAUGACUGGACCUACUUUUCGGUCAAUGGAUACCACUUCCUGGCGGCUGCGCAAGCGUUUGAUGGCUUUAGCACGCUUACUGACUCUAGAAUAUAUGUCUUGCAGGACAAGCAAUUUGUUUUGUUUCAAACGAUGGAGACCAAUGGAGCUACGGACUUGGAAUAUUUCCAGAUUGGAGACUCGGUCUUUCUUGCAGUGGCCAACGCUUAUAACUACGGACCUCAGAACAUCGAUAAAAAACAGGAAUACCUCACCAACUCAACCAUUUACAAACUAGAUAAAGGGAGAAGAGUUUUUAAAACCUUCCAAACCAUCGAAACCUUCAGCGCAGUGGACUGGGAGUUCGUAACCAUUGGAGACGAGCACUUUCUCAUUGUUUCUAAUGCGCAGAAUCGUGCUUUGGAAGGUGAUCACCUGACAAGUAUCUACAAAUGGCGGGGUGUGGAGAAGUUUGUACGAGUUCAUCAGAUGGACGUUCUGCCGAAUACUGACUGGGAGGUAUUCACAGACAAACGAGACGUGUAUUUUGUCUACUCCAACGCCAAAGGCAAAACUUCACAGGUCUUGAAGGCGGUCUUUACGCCAUCUUGACCAUAGCACUCUUUAAAACACCACUAUGCAAUUUUACCUAUGUUCAUUAAAAAUGGUACAAAUUAUUAAUUUUAUGCACAAGAAUGGUUCGCUUAAAUUGUGAAUGGUAAAUGUAAAUUAAUAUGGAAAUGAAUCAAGGGAAACAUAAUGAGCAGAAUUCAGAAUUGUGUUUGAAAAUAAUUAUCAUGCUUAAUUACAAUCCAUUUGUUAAAGAAAUGAUAUUUGAAUCAAUUAAUGUUUUCAACAAAAAACAUGGUUUUCAGGCUUGAAAUCGCAAUGUGGAUGACAUUUAUUUAUUUUCAACUCCUAGGUAUUACGAUUUGAUAUACAAUUGUUGUUUAUAUUUUUUGUAUGCUUAAUACUCACUUAAUAAAGCGUUUGAAUUUUCUC